AUGGCAGAAAAAGAGACGGAGAGAAAAGUGACAGUUUAUCGGAGCGUCUCCUUCAAAAAGCUGGAAAGUUGGAACGUAAAUCCAAGCAGUUCAGGAGCCAAGAAUCAACACCACAAAUCAGAGGACUUAAAGAGUAGUGCCCUUCCCCCUCCGGCUGUGGAUACAGCAGCCGAAAAAGCGCAGCCCUCGGCUACGCGUAGUGUUACUGUGUCAAGAAAAGUUUCCAAAAUCUCAGCAGCCAGCCUCCCAACCGCAGCGCUAAAGAAAGGCACUUCUCAUACUAUUUCACCAUCGGUUCGCCAGCUCUCAGAGAAGUUUAGCGCCAGCCCUGGACUGACGCACGGCUCCUCUUCUGUCGGUUUAGGGGUCGCCAGAAGCAAAACUUUAUCCAGGAAUAAAGAGGAUCCGUCUUUACCGGACAGUGGAUAUUUGCCUGGCCCAGGUAUAGAUUUUUCUGAUUCUGUUACGGACCAAGUUAAGGAUCAUAAAUAUCAUUCAGCUUACGAAUCGGUGUCUGGCUCAGACUCUGACAGAAGUCAGAGACGGAGAACUCGCAAAUCUUUGGAUGGGACCAGCACAGGUAAGAGAGAUUACACGAGUACUUACUGUGCCAGCAUUAAUAAUAAUACCUUAAAUACAGACGAUGAUGUUUUUGUUUUAGGGGCUUCACCUAGUAAAAUCCAUCGAGCCCACCAGUCUUCCCACGGAGAGUGUAUUCAUGUUGAUUCAAACUGGCCAAGUGUUACCAAAAUUAGAGAGCUUUUUGGUGACGGCCACAGAAAAAAACAUAGGUCAACUUCUGAUGCAGACGACUUGAAAUCUGCUGGAUUUUACCUCCACUGUUCUUCUAACACUAAAGACAACAGCUGCCUCUCAGACAGAAGUGACCGACAGUCACCGCUGCAGUCAAGAGGAACCUGGCACGACUCCAACAGCUCUGAUCAUGACACUAGCACGGAGUGUCUAAGUCAGAAAGAUAACAGAUAUCAGGGGAUGGACACUGAAAAACACUCAUAUGGGGUUGAUAUUAACAGUAGCACCAGCUGUUUGAGAGGAGAGCAGUUGACAGACAUCUGUCGAGUUCAGAGCCCCUGCGGUAGUGGAAAGGCGGCUGAAUACAGGACACAGAAGUUGGACAGUGACCCUCAGCGUUCUCCUCCGGUGCCCCCACGUCGCAGUAGCUCUGCAGCCCUGCCUCUCAGGUCGCACUCAUUUACACACCAUCCACAGCCGCAGGAGCACAGACCCAGAGCCGAGCAGCCACAGUCACCGGAUAGCUUACAUUCCUCACAUAGUUCCAAACCACAGACGGGCCCCGCACUGACCAGCACUCGGUGGAGACUGAGCUCUGGAGAAGAGGAAGAGGAGCUCGGAGGGCAGAGGGACAGGAAUACACACCCGCUCAUCAGCAGCAGCGGAGGCAUCAGCAGUCACUUCUCCCGAAACAAGUAUGGCUCCUGGGCCAAGCCCCUGGGCAAAUCAUCAGGCAGCGAAGAGGACAGUCCAGCAGCACUAGCUCAGCACAACAGAGACAACCUUAGACGACGCUCUCUCAGAAAAAAGAAGAAAAGCAGCUGUAACAGGGAUGAUGGGGAGUCUGACGACAGCGAUGAUCGGCUUAUGAUUAUGGAGCGUUUUCCACAGUCCUGUGAUCCACAGCAAGGGGGGCGGAGACUUGAGGGUCCCAAGUCUAGGGCCAGUUUUGGAGGAUCGCCGUGGGAGCGUGGUCUAUCGUCACAUGGCUCCACUACUGCCCAAGAGAGCUACAAACUUCUUUACAAAGGGCCAUCUGAGGGGCCUGGAUCUUCUCCUGUGCCACUGGUGUCCCGAAUUUCAAAGGUCAACAUCCCCUCAUUUCUUUCUAGUCCUGGUGGGUCUCGGAGCAGCAGCAGGUACUCCAGCACUGAGACACUGAAGGAAGAGGAUCAGCCCUCAGCCACCUCUGCCUCAGGCACUGCCUCCACCCUGGGCACUGCCUCCACAUCAAUGCUUAGUAAAACAUACUAUGGCAAUUUCACAAUGUAUCGAUCUCCUAGUUUUGGCCAUGGUGACAACUUCUCCCGUGCACCUGUCAGAGUUCGCCCAAAAUUAGUGCCAAGUUUAAGCCCAGGGGAAAGUGUGGUUGCCACACCUGAAAACAGGGUCUACCAUCAUUCUUUGAGCAGUGAAAAAGACAGGAAUAGGAUGUCCAUGUCAAACCCUGACAUUGCCUCAGAAACUCUGUCACUUCUCAGUUCCCUCAAAACGGACCUGUCAGAGCUCAGGGUACGGAAGAAGAAGCAUGAGGGUGAGGAUGCACUGAACUCUGGCCUGCAGGGUGCACAGGGCAUGCCCUCUGUGUACCGGAUGGGCUCCAGAAAGCAGGGGCUUCACCCUGGACGUCCAUCUCUGAAGGACCUUACUGCCACACUGAGACGCGCCAAGUCCUUCUCUUACUCAGAGAAGCCUCUGAGAAGGCAGUACCCCAUAAGUGGGCCAGCAAAAAGGAGUUCGUCUGAGCAGCGUCUGGACUGCCAGGGAGAUGGGGAUGGGGUGGUGGUGUCAGACAGGGAAGUGGAGAGUGAUGACUGCAGGAUGAGCUAUGACUAUGACGAAAUUAUGCCCACACCCCUGCAAGACCGAUAUAUCCAAGAGGCACGCCAGGUGAUCAGAGACAUCUGUCAGAUGGGCGCCGGUGAGGAUGACAAUGAGGAUGAAGGUUUCAAAAGGAAAGAAAAUGAUGUGAAGGAGGACGGACAGAGCCAAAAAGAAGAGACAAAGCUGGCAGAGAGGGUAGAUGAAGAGAAUGAGAUCACUGUAGGUACUGAGGGGGAAGACAGUGAACAUAAUUUACAGAAAAGGAAUUCAGAGGAGAACAUGUUUUAUGAUAAGUCAGUGGACGAACUCUCUGGACAUGAGUCCAGUUUAACAGAUGAAGGAAUAGUCACUGAGCCAGAGGGAGGGUCAUGUGUCAGAGACCUUCUGGGUCAACCACUCGCUGCGUGGAACCAGUCUGAUCUGUAUGAGGAGACUGCUGAUCUGACACCAGAGAGACCAGUCUCAGCUACAGUGCCUGCAGUGAGAAUGGAGUAUGAUGGAGUAGCCAUAGGGGGAGACACCUGCAGUGAUAAAACUGUUAACCAGGGGCCGUUAGAAGCCCCAUCAACGCCUUGCGCUAUCCGCAGGCGUCGGAAAUUUUCCUCAGCUGGGAACAAUGGCUCAGACUCAAGUAACGGGAGCAAUGGUGAGUCAAAUGGUGAGUCAGCUUAUCGUUCCCUUAGUGACCCAAUGCCCCACCGAUGUCGCUCUGUCGCUGAGGACAGUAGCAAGAGUUUCUCAGUGGAUAGCAACCUGCUGGGAUCACUCUCGCUAAGCUCCAAAGUGAGCGGCGGAGCUGAGUCCUCAGUGGCAGACCUGUCUGAGUGCACUGGCAGUGCGGCCAGCGACCUCUCAGUGUGCAGUGAUAGCCUUCGCGAUUACAGCACGGUUAUUCAGAGCAUAGUACACGAACCUGGUGCCAUGGAUAACCUCACUGAUGAGAAGGCCAAUGGCAAGAUAGUGAAGAAGAAGAGCUUCAGCGACCCCAGCAGACGUGGAGAGCUGGCGGCCACGUCCCUGGAUGUGCAGACGCAUCCAAGUGAGCCAAUUAGCGAGUCGGAGCAGCCAAUCCCACCUUCUAGCAGUGAACCAAUCCUGUCGGAGCAAAGAGAGCUUUGGGAAGUAGAUAGCGAGCAGCAUGAGCCGUAUCAUUCAGGAGGAAGACGUCGCUCACAGUCUGAACGAGCCCUGCGUUCUCACCCCAGCAGUAAUGGGGUACCCAAAACUGACACUGAGGAACCGUGUUUAUCCUUUGACCCUAAGUUAACCCAGGUCCUAUCUCCACGAAUGGGCCGUCGCAGCUCAAAGAAACGCUCCAUCCGCCUGACCCAGCAACACUCCUGUGAUGACACGGAGCAUUUAGAGGAGUCAUUUGAGGAACAGGAGGUGGAGCGAGGUCCUGAUGAUCAUUUGAAUCCUGCGUUCACUUUGCCCCAGCUACCACCCUCUAAAACGAGACCCAAGCACGUAAGGCACACCAGCGAGCCAGCCACCUUCAUCCCCAUAACACCUCCUGAUUUCUGCACCUCCCAGGAAAAAUGGGGGCUCUCCAUCAGUAUCCCUGAGCCCUCCAGGCCCUCCAAACCAGGUCAGGGGCAUGAGGCACCCGCUUUGGAACAUGACCCCAAGCAGUACGUCCUGGCGCUUAACCCUCCUGAGAGUGCAGCGGAUUCCUCUGCUGCUGUGGGAGGGGCAGCUCUUGCUACCUUGACCAGUGAACCCAAACUACCAACGAAGACUACUGAGGAGCUGAACCCUGCCCCUCUGAAGGCCAAACCACGAGUGGAUAUGAGAAGACAUGUAAUGAUGACCCUGCUUGACACUGAACAGUCAUACGUGGAGUCUCUCCGCACCCUUAUUCAGGGCUAUAUGAGGCCCCUGAAGCAGCCGGAGAACUCCCCUCUCUGCGACCCAUCUCUGGUGGAUGAGAUGUUUUACCAGAUCCCUGAGAUCCUUGAGCAUCAUGAGCACUUUCUGGAGCAGAUCUCCAGCUGCGUCAGCGACUGGCACGACCAGCAAACAGUGGGACACCUCCUCAUCGAAUCAUUUUCAAAGGAGGUCCUUGCGAAUAUUUACUCAGCAUACAUCGACAACUUUCUGAACGCCAAAGAUGCUGUGAGAAUCGCCAAAGAGGCAAAACCUGCAUUUCUCAAGUUUCUAGAGCAAAGCAUGCGUGAGAAUAAAGAAAAGCAGGCCCUGGCUGAUCUAAUGAUUAAGCCAGUACAGCGUAUCCCUCGUUAUGAGCUGCUGGUGAAGGACCUGCUGAAACACACUCCUGAAGAUCACCCAGACCACUCAUUGCUAUUGGAGGCACAGAAGGACAUUAAACGACUUGCAGAACGCAUUAAUAAAGGGCGGAGAAGUGCGGAGGAGGUGGAGAGAGAGACACGCAUCCUUCAGGAGAUUGAAGCUCACAUUGAAGGAGUGGAGCAUAUCCUGAAUCCACAGAGGAAGUUCCUCAGACAGGAGAUGGUGAUGGAAUCUAAAACAGUGGGCGGUAAGAAAGACCGCUCUCUCUUCCUCUUCAGUGACCUGCUGAUUUGUACCACGUUGAAGAGGAAGUCUGGCUCUCUACGUAGGAGCUCUAUGAGUCUGUAUUCUGCUGCUAGUGUCAUUGACACCACAAGUAAAUACAAGUUUCUCUGGAAACUUCCUUUGGAGGAGGUAGAGAUGGUGAAAGGAUCUAACCCAGCCACCAACAGAGAAAACAUCCAGAAGACCAUUACCCGACUGGACGAAGACCUCAGCACCCUGGGCCAGAUCAGCAAGCUGUCUGAAACGCUGAGCUUCCCUCACCAGAGUUUGGACGACGUGAUAAAGGACUUGAUGGCCUCUGUGCACAGGGAGCUGGCAGAGAAACAGUCUCUGGCCUUUAGCAUGACUUUCCUGCCCACCAAGGUUGAGCUAACCACCGCCUCGGCUGAGAGCACUUUCAUCUUCGAGUUCAGCAGUCCAGACGCACGCAGCAACUUUGAACAGGCCUUCGAGGAGGCAAAGAAGAAGCUUGCCAUGAACAAAGACCAGUGGAAUCCUGAAUUCCUGAAGGCCAUUCCCAUCAUGAAGACCAGGAGUGGGAUGCAGUUUUCCUGUGCCUCGCCUAGUCACAGCUGUCCAGAGAACACGUAUGAGGUGUGGGUUUGUAACAGUGACGGCUAUGUGGGCCAGGUCUGUCUGCUUAACAUCCGACAUGAGCCAACUGUGGAGGCCUGCAUCGCUGUCUGCUCCGCACGCAUCAUCUGCAUCGCAGCUGUGCCCGGCCUCAAGGGAAGGGAGCGGGGAGAGCCUGCAGUAAACACCACCACAGCACCCACUGCCCCGGCCCCAGAGCUUACACCUACCCCCUCCUCCCAGCACCAGCAGCAGCUCCACAUCUCCAUCUCAGGCUCCUCUCUGGAGCUCAGUGACUCCCCAGCCAGUGGCCCCACCAGCAGAGAGCUGGUUCCCUUUGACAGUGACGACACAGAUGAUGAAGACUCCCCCAGUCCUUCAUCUACACUGCAGAGUCAAGCCUCACACUCUACCAUCUCCUCCAGCUUUGGCAAUGAUGAGGGCACCGGCUCCAAGGACAUGGCAACGGAGACCACCAGCUCUGAGGAGGAGCAGGAGUUCCCGGUGUCUGGCUCCUUCAGCGGGCCGCGGCUCAGCAGUAACAGCCCUGUGGACGGACGAGCCAUGAGACGCUCCAGUCGUGGUUCCUUCACCCGGGCCAGCCUAGACGACCUGCUCAGCAUCGACCCAGAGGCCUACCAGAGCUCAGUUUGGCUGGGCACAGAGGACGGCUGCAUUCAUGUCUACCAGUCCUCUGACAACAUAAGAAAUCGGAAGAACAGCAUGAAGAUGCAACACUCAGCCUCCAUACUGUGCAUUCUGUACCUGGAUAAUAAAGUCUUUGUGUCCCUGGCUAAUGGUGAAGUUAUUGUCUAUCAGAGGGAAGCAGGUAGUUUCUGGGACCCUCAGAGUUCUCAGACGCUGUGUUUGGGUUCCCCCAGUGGGCCAGUGUCUAAGAUGGUUCCAGUGGCAGGAAAGCUGUGGUGUGGCUGUCAGAACCGGGUUCUCAUCAUCAACACAAGUACACUGGUGCAGGAGCACUCGUUUGCGGUGGGCCAGGACAGUGGGAGGAGUGUGAGCUGUAUGGUGGGGUAUGGCCAGGGGGUGUGGGUCGCUCUGCAGGGCAGUGCUCAGGUUCGGCUGUACCAUGCUGCCACCUACGAGAGCCUGACGGAGGUUGACGUUGCCCCAGCCGUACAUAAGAUGCUGGCAGGAUCUGAUGCCAUCAUACGGCAGCACAAAGCUGCGUGUCUGCGGAUCACAGCACUGUUGGCGUGUAAGGACCUGCUGUGGAUCGGUACUAGUGCCGGCGUAGUCCUGACACUGGCCAUCCCACCCGUAUCGUCCAGCACUGUGCCAGGCUCACUGAGGGCACCGCUUCUACCCAUGGGUUCUGCCCACGGGCACACAGGGCAUGUCCGCUUCCUCACCUCAAUAGAACUGCCCGAGGGUUUCGACGUCACCUUCCCCCCACAAACAGAGUCAGGGAACCCCACACAGUCUGGGACAGAGAGCCACAGCGGGGGUCUGCAGAGACGGGACUCCACCCGUCGCUGUGCCUCCACCCUGCUCCCCACCAAAUCCAACCUACUGGUCAUCAGUGGGGGAGACGGCUAUGAGGACUUCAGGCUCACCAAUAGCAGUGAGACUGUGGGGCGGGAUGACAGUACCAACCACUUGCUUCUGUGGAAGGUGUGA